CGCUGGUGGAGACGGAUGAGCGUGUGUGUGUGUCUGAGAUCUUCUCGCUCCGAAGCGUCACGAUGAUGUUCCAGAUGCUGUCAGCCUUCUUUGCCCUCGUCGCCCUUGUCUUCGCUCGCCGCAUCAAGGCCUUCGUCGUCCCUGCGGCCCUCCCGUCAGCGAAGGCGUCACCGUCGCCUCAUGGUGUAAGGCAGCACGUCCUUGCAGCUGCAUCGGUUGAUGGCAUCAGGACGAGGGUGCUGCAACUGCUCGAGGAGGAACGGCAGAACACGCCGACACAGCCGCCCAAGAAGGACAAAAGAGGAAACCAGAAGAAGAAACAAAAGGUCCGUGUGAAUGCCCUGCAGGCAUUUCUUCCAUUGCAUGGUUGCAUUGUGUGGGUGCACUGCAUGCAGAGAGAUGCUACUGGUACGGGCGAGAAUGACAAGGCCGUGAGGGGCGAGAGGGGCAAGAAGCUGCUCAUCGUGGGGCUCGGCAACCCUGGUUGGCAUCUUAUCAGCAGGCCUGUCGCAUCCUCGUCAACACAUGUGUGCAUGUAUUGCAUGUCCUUGCUGCAGGUCCGCAGUUCGCUGGCACGCGCCACAACGCAGGCUGGAUCGCAAUCGACGCCAUCGCCGCCCACUGGGGCGUCACCAUGAAGAGCGACAAGAACUUCUUGGGUCAGUUCGGCUCGACAAGUCGACACGGCCGGAUGGUGUAUCUGCUGAAGCCCACCACAAUGAUGAACCUCUCUGGCGGGGCCGUCAAGAAGGUGCUCGACUCGUACGGCCUGCCGUCGCAUGCUGUGCUCGUGCUGGUCGACGAGCUGGCCCUGCCCCUGGGCGUCCUCAACAUCAAGCAGAGAACCAACCCCGGUGCGUUCCUUCACACCCAGCCAGCCAGCCACCCAGCCAGACAGACAGAGGGCGGGACGGAGGGAGGGAGGAGAGAGCAGUGCGCUUGCUGGCUGGCAUGCUACAGGCACGCACAAUGGUCUCAGGAGCAUCAAACAAAGGUGAGUGAGUCGGUGAUCGACACAAUGAGCAUGUGUGUGUGUGUGUGUGUGUGCGUGCAGUUUGAGGACGGAUGAGUUCUCUCGCGUGGCGCUGGGCAUCGGGGGCGACAGGAAGGCCAAGGGCGGCACCGACUUCGUCCUCGGCAAGUUCACAAGAGCCGAAAGGGACGCAUUCGACGAGGUGCAUACGUUCACCUGCAGAUUGCCUCGCAUGAUAUGUGACUGGCCGGCCUCUGUGUUGUGUCUCUUCGUGUCUGCAGGGUCUGGUUGAUCUGCAGGGCGUGGUUGAUGACUGGGUGGCUAUCGACAAUAUUCCCGAGGUGCAGAAGCGCCGCCAAAAGAGGCGAAAAGAAUCGGCGAAAAGCGUAGCUGCCUAGCCUAGCUGGGAUGUGAGAGCGACACUCCUUUGCUCCCUGAGCGAAGCAAGGAGGCAGGCAGCCGUCGCGGUGUGUGUAAAUAUGGGAGCAUGUUGAUGACAGACUGGGUGGCGUGACCUGACCCAUUGUGUGUGUCUGAUCGAAUGUGAAUACGGACGGUAAGUAACGG